AAAUAUAUAUACUACCCACCACAGAGUUCAACUGCAAACUAGGAACUCACAUCCUCUGACUUUUCCCUUCAGGCCACAUAGAAUAUGGCAAGCACUCCAAGCAUUCCAUCACUCAUAAAAGCUUGGGUCUACUAUGAAUAUGGGAACAUAGAAAAGAUUCUCAAAUUUGAAUCUAACAUACCUAUACCACACAUCAACGAGGAUCAGGUGCUCAUCAAGGUUGUGGCUGCAGGCCUUAAUCCUAUAGAUUAUAAGAGGGCUCUUGGCAUUUUCAAGGACACUGACUCUCCCUUUCCUACUGCUCCAGGGUUUGAUGUUGCUGGUGUGGUGGUAAGAGUGGGAAGUGAAGUGAGAAAAUUCAAGGUGGGGGAUGAAGUUUAUGGUGAUAUCCAUGAGUAUGCUGUGCGUCCAAAAUCCAUUGGGACUUUGGCAGAGUAUACUGUUGCUGAAGAGAAACUAUUGGCUCAUAAACCUUCCAAUUUGACCUUUAUUGAUGCUGCUGCUAUUCCUGCAGCCAUCAUCACCGCUUAUCAAGCACUUGAAAAACUGGAAUUCUCUGCUGGCAAAUCUAUUCUUGUUCUUGGAGGUGCUGGUGGAAUUGGAACCCUUGUUAUUCAGCUCGCCAAGCACGUUUUUGGCGCAUCUAAGGUUGCAGCCACUGCUAGUACUUUGAAACUGGAUUUGUUAAGGAACUUAGGAGCAGACUUGCCAAUUGAUUAUACAAAAGAGAAUUUUGAAGAACUGGAAGAGAAGUUUGAUGUAGUGUUCGAUACAGUAGGAGAGAGUGGCAAGGCAUUGAAGGCUAUAAAAGAAGGGGGCAAAGCUUUGUCAAUAGUACUACCUGUGUCUCCACCGGUUAUCCCUUUCUUUGUCAUUUCAAAUGGUGCUGUGUUGGAGAAAUUGCAACCUUACUUAGAAAGUGGGAAGGUGAAGGCAGUUUUGGAUCCUAAGAGUCCCUUUCCAUUUUCUCAGAUUGUGGAAGCAUUUGCAUACUUGAAGACAAAUAGAGCCAUUGGGAAAUUAGUCAUAGAUCAAAUUCCAUAAACAUACAUAACUAUAUAUGCAUAUAUAUACCAAGUUCUGCUGUGCAUUCUGACCUAAUUUGUGUUAUAAUGGCAAUAUUAAUAUAUGAGUGAUUAGGGGAGAGAGAGCACAGCUUUAGCAUUUUGUGUUCUAAUAAUGUCAGCAUUGCUAGACAAGGGAGUUUGCUAAUUGGUGGUAAUAAAAGAAUCUCGUAUUAAUUUGUGGAUGCA